UCCCUUUAACACCAGCAACAAUGGAAUUACCCAGUACCCGCCGUCGGCACAACAGCAUGGAUGAUCCUCCCAAUAUUCUAAAGCCGCAGCCUCUACCACGCAGACUAUCUCUGAUUCAUGAAGGUCCUCCAAAACGAUCCCGUCUACAUACAGAAAGGAAAGAUCUUGAUGAGAAUGGAAAAGUCCGAAAAUGGACUUAUGGAGAAAAGGAUGACAGUAAACCAAACAAAAUUGUUCUUCUGGUGGGAGAAACUGGCGUCGGUAAGACGACUCUCAUCAACACCAUGGUCAACUACUUACUGGGAGUGAAGUUUGAGGAAGAAAAGUGGUAUGAAAUUACAGAAGAAGCAGCCAGAGAUCAAUCAGAAUCACAAACCUCUGAAAUCACCAUGUAUGAAGUCUUUCCUGAAGAGAGUCCCAUAUCGCUCACCAUCAUUGAUACUCCAGGCUACGGAGACACUAGAGGACUGGAUAAAGAUCUGGAAGUUGCUGAGAAUUUAGCCACUCUGUUUCAGAGCAAUGAUGGAGUUUGUGAAGUCGAUGCCGUGUGUUUUGUGACUCAAGCAUCUAAGAAUCGUCUCUCAGACAGACAGCAUUACAUUAUCAGUUCAAUUCUGUCUUUGUUUGGAAGAGACAUUGUGGACAACAUUGUGUUCUUAAUCACACACUCUGAUAGUCUGCCACCCAAAAAUGUAAUUGGUGCCAUUAAUAAAGCUAAAAUCCCCUGCAGACGAGACAAACGCGGGCAACCUGUUCAUUUCUUAUUCAACAACCGGCAGGCUGAAGCUCGUCACACUAAAGAGCGUCACAUUCGUGCUCAAAGAGAUGCCUGGGAAGACAGCGUGGACGGCAUGAAGCAUUUUCUUCACUUCAAGAUAUAA